AUGGAACUGUCCCAGCUCCUCAAUGAGAUCAGGGCAAAGUAUGAAACGCUCAUCACCAGAAAUCAGAUAAAGACCAUCAUCUCAGCAAGGACCCAGCUAGAGGAAGCUACAAUUAAAAGAAUGGACAAAGAUGCAGAAGCAUUAAAGGCAGCGAGAGCAGAACUCUGUGAAGCAAGACGGCAGUGGCACCAUAUGCAGAUCGAAAUUGAAUCUCUCCACGCUGUGGAAAAGGGUUUGGAACGUUCAUUGCGUGACACAGAGCAGCAGUACCACAUGCAACUACAAAAUUUAGAAGCUGAGAUUGAAUGCUUAGAGAAAGAGCUACUGGAAGUGAGAAGAGGUAUUGAGAAACAGCUCCAAGAGCAUGAAAUUCUCCUGAACACAAGGAUGAAACUGGAGGAGGAGAUAGCAACAUAUCGCAGUCUGCUUGAGCAAGAAGAGAACAGGUUUCGUUGCUCUAUACCUGACCAGAAGGAUGACAAAAAGCCUACCACUAGCAAGAUUGCCUUUACACUGCCUUCAGAUGGUGUAAAGAAGCACGAAACUGAGAAGGUGGAACUGAUGACAAAACAAGCAAUCCUAGAUGGAAAUAUUAUGAAGGAAAGCGCUGAAGCUCAUGGCACUGUACAGACAGAAAAAGUGGAUGAAGUCAUUAAAGAAUGGGAAGGUUCUUUCUUUAAGGACAACCCUCGCUUAAGGAAAAAAUCAGUUUCAUUGCGCUUUGAUCUCCACCUAGCAGCAACAGAUGAAGGAUGUUUACACACUAAAAAGAAAACUCUUCCUGACAUUGAAGUCAGGCUGGUAAUGAGGAGAUCUUGCAGUAUUCCUUCUAUCAAACCUUAA